UUAAAAUCGAACCAAAGGAGGAGGAGAAGGGGGAGGAAGAUGAGGAUGGAGCAGAGGAGGAAGAGGAGGAGAAAGGAUUUUCAGUGAAGAAGCAGGAGGCAAAAUCGGCAAGUGAAGAUGAGAAAGGAGCUUCGGAAAGGAGGGGGCCCGAACAGAGGAGGCAAUAUUAUGAACGAGAGAUGGAGAAAAUAGUCAUACGUACAAACCCCUUAGGUAAAGAUCGGGAUUACAACAGGUACUGGUGGUUCCGAAGCAAUGGUAGGAUAUUUGUUGAGGAUUCUGAUUCCAAAGAAUGGGGAUAUUAUACCUCCAAGGAAGAGCUCGAUGCAUUGAUGGGUACGCUAAACCGUAAAGGAGAGAGGGAACUGUCGUUACAUAUACAGCUAGAGAAAUUCUAUGACAGAAUAUGCUCUACACUACAAAAGAGGACGAAGGACAUUGCUCACAACAUAGAAAUGGAAGAAGCAGUGGUUAGGAGAUCUACCCGUGUCAGAGCUCCACUUCAUGAAAAUCCAGCUAGUGCCUUCUUGAGAUAUGUUAACAAGUGGAAAGAGGACUAAACACGUAGCAGAAUUCAAUUCUGUAUAGGAAAAGCUUGCAGUUGCAGCCAUAGCCAAACUUACCAUUUUCAUCUUGCCUUCUCUGUUUUUUUUUUUUUUGGCUCAGUUUAGGGUUUAGUAGAGCUUUACAAUUUACAACAAAAAGGCAUAGCCUUAUGGUGGUAUGGUGAAAGGCAAAGCUUGAGUAGAAAGAUGGUGUUGGGUUUUGUUUUUUACUGUUACCAUUCAUCAUCACCUUCUUUUCAGUACUCUUUGAAUCUGAGGUUCCAUUAUUUCUUUUUUUGCCGGGGAAAAUAGAAGUUUUUAUUACGA